AUGAACAACCAGGACUUCAAGAACUUGCUACGGAGUUCCUCGUCGCAGGAUGCCACCCCGCGCGCUGCUGCCGCCACGCCUGCCGCUCGGGCCUCGCUGGGCUCGCGCCAGCGCUCCAGCAUCCCCAUGACUCCCCGUACGGUGAGGGGCGGUGGCCCGGGCCUCGACUUUCAGCGGCAGCUCGCCGAGCAGCGCGCCGGUGAGCAACGACCGGUCAAGAAGUUCAAGUCAUCCGCCGCGCCCAAGGGCUCGAGGCUCGCCGCCGGCUACACGGACCGCGCCAAGGCGCGUGUGGAGGACGACGACGACGACAACGAUGCUGGUGCCGGCGACGACCGCGCCCGCCGCAUCAAGGCGCUCGAGGAGAGCUUCAAGCUCGGCCAAAUCGACCAGACAACUUUCGAGAAGCUCCGCGACGAGAUCACCGCCGGCGAUGUCACCGCCACCCACCUAGUCAAAGGCCUGGAUCGGAAACUGCUCGAGCGCGUGCGGAGAGGUGAGGAUGUACUGGGCGUUGGUGGAGGGAGCAAGCCCGUGGAGAGGGAACCGGAGCCCGAUGUGGACGAUGAGUUCGAGCGGCUCGAGGAGAAGGAGGUCGCUCCGGUGAUGAGGGAGAAGAAGGAAAAGAAGGGCCAGACUGCCCUGGCAGGAACGAAGCGGACGAGAAACGAGAUCCUGGCCGAGCUGAAGGCCCAACGGAAGGCUGCCGCCGACGCGAAAGCUGCCGCACAACCCACCCUGGGCUCGAAAUUCCGGAAAAUAGGCCACAACAACGAGACUUUUCCGAGGAUAGAACGCGACGAGAAGGGAAGGGAGGUGCUGCUGACCCUAGAUGAGGAUGGCAAUGUCAAGAGAAAGGUCCGGAAGGUCAAGGCGGAUACUGAGCCGGAGGAGAGCGCGUCUUCGGGCUUGCUCAUGCCGGACAAGGACGCGAAACCAUUGGGCAUGGAGGUCCCGGAAUACGCAAAGGCGCCGGUCGAGGAAGAAGAUGACGACAGCGACAUCUUCGAGGGUGUUGGAGAUGAUUACGACCCCCUGGCGGGCAUCGGUGACGGCGACUCGUCGGAUGAGGAUGAUUCGACGUCUGAAAAGGAAAAGGCCAAAUCGCCAUCUUCGACAUCUGAAAAGGCUAUGCCACCUCCACAGAAACCUUCAGAGCCUACAGCGAUUCCCAAAACGAACUACUUCAAAGAUACACCUUCUAAAGACACAUCCACCACCGCUCAGGCGCCAUCGAAUCCACUCACAGAUCCCACCAUCCUCGCUGCCAUCCGAAAAGCUCGUGACAUCAACCCCGAAAGGCUCAGGGGCGAAGACAACAACGACGGUACCUCAAAAAAGGAUCCGGAAGAAGAGGCGCGGCUCAAGAAGCGUGCUCAAAUGCUGUCCUUGCAAGACCGCGACAUGGAGGAUAUGGACAUGGGUUUCGGAUCCAGCCGCUUCGACGAUGCGGAGGACAUGGACGAGGAUACCAAAAUCAAGCUCAGCGAGUGGAAGGGUGCUGGUGGUGAUGAUGAUGAUAAUGAAGAAGGCGCGAGGGAAAGGGGUGGAAAGCAGAGGAAGCGGGGUCCAAAGAAGAGGAAGGGGGAUAAGGACAGUGCUGCGGAUGUGUUGAGAGUGAUGGAACAAAGGAAAGGCGGAAAGUGA